GGACCCGGUGGUUGGAUGGCUGGAGUUACUCGCUGUGGUCUAAAGAUUAAUGGAGGGGGGCUGUUGAUCUUAGGGAUCGAAGACUACAUGGUUGCUCUCAAGAAACCACUGGACUUGGCGCUUGGAAUAGAGACAAAUGGAAUGAUAUUCAUUUGAAAUAAUCAACAGCAGCAGAAACUGUUAGGUUCCUGAUUUGUUGUCCAUAUCUCAAUUGAAACGGCCUGACUGCACAGACACAGCACCUGGCUAAGCUAGCCAAGUUGUGGCACAGGCCAGGGUACGACUGACAGCCAGCUUGCUAACGUUUGUUACUCAGGCGCAGAGAACAGGUUUCGACGUCCCAUCUGAUGUUUUGGACCGGAUUUGGGAACAAGCAAACCACCGCAGGAAUAAAGGAAAAUCGAGUGACAUCUUGAUUUACCAGCGCUCAUUUGGGAAAUUGACAAGCUAGCUAGCUAGCUACAAUUAUCUGGCUAACGCUAUCUAUCCAAGGUUUGCUAAGAAUUAGCUUGCUAGCCCUGCUAACCUGUAACGUUAGUUAGCUGCAGACUUCGACACAUUCGUUUGACUGGAGUUAUUCAAACUCCGUAAGGGAAAGCAGUGGAGGUUGCUUGCAUAUUUACACCAGUCAGUCAAUAAUGAUAGCUGUUAGCUAGUAGCUAGCUCUCAGCAUCAUUCAGCCCAGCGACAACGUUAGCAGUUAGCUGCAUUUAAAGGUUCGCAAAGGAAAACUCAGUCCGAGCCGAGGGUCUCCACCAUCAGCCUGCAAUCAUGGGCAACACGCCCACCGCCAAGAAAGGCAACGAGAUGGAGAGCGUGAAGGAAUUUCUUGCCAAAGCCAAAGAAGAUUUUCUCAAGAAAUGGGAGAAUCCAGCACAGCAAACUGCGGCAUUGGACCACUUUGACCGUCUGAAGACCUUAGGCACAGGUUCAUUCGGUCGAGUCAUGCUCGUCAAGCACAAAGAAACGGGCCAGCAUUUUGCCAUGAAAAUACUUGACAAACAAAAGGUGGUGAAGCUGAAGCAGAUAGAACACACUCUGAAUGAGAAACGUAUCCUGCAAGCCGUCAGCUUCCCCUUUUUGGUGCGACUGGAACACUCUUUCAAGGACAACACUAAUCUGUAUAUGAUAAUGGAGUAUGUUCCAGGCGGUGAGAUGUUCUCACACUUAAGGAGAAUUGGCAGAUUCAGUGAACCACACGCCCGCUUCUACGCAGCCCAGAUUGUACUGACCUUUGAAUACCUUCACUCGCUGGAUCUCAUCUACCGAGACCUGAAGCCGGAGAACCUGCUCAUUGACCAGCAAGGCUACAUACAGGUAACAGAUUUUGGAUUUGCAAAAAGAGUGAAAGGCCGAACCUGGACGCUCUGUGGGACCCCAGAGUAUCUGGCACCAGAGAUCAUCCUCAGUAAAGGUUAUAAUAAAGCAGUGGACUGGUGGGCUCUGGGAGUGCUGAUUUAUGAGAUGGCUGCUGGCUACCCCCCCUUCUUUGCAGACCAGCCUAUUCAGAUUUACGAGAAGAUUGUAUCAGGGAAGGUUCGCUUCCCUUCCCACUUCAGCUCAGACCUGAAGGACCUGUUGAGAAAUUUGCUGCAGGUGGACCUGACCAAGCGCUUUGGCAACCUCAGGAACGGAGUCAACGAUAUCAAGGGCCACAAGUGGUUCGCCACAACUGACUGGAUUGCCAUCUACCAGAGGAAGGUGGAGGCUCCCUUUAUUCCCAAGUGCAAAGGCCCUGGCGACACAAGCAACUUUGACGAUUACGAGGAAGAGGAAAUCAGAGUCUCCUUCACAGAGAAAUGUGCAAAGGAGUUUGCUGAGUUCUAGAUCGACCGGGAGCAGAGGAAAGAGACAGGGAUUUAGAAAGGAAAAGGGGGUGUGAGGAAAGGGUUAGGGUGGACUGCUAACUUGCUUAUUGUUAAUGACGACAACAAUGUAACCCCCAUCCCCCAGUGGAGAGGUAGGCAAAGCGAAGAAAGAUCCAACAGAACCAGCAGUGUUGCCUUUUCUGAUUGUUUCUCAACUGUUACCUAUUCAUUUUAUUUAUCCCUCUUGUGUUUGUGGCAGGGGCUCAAGGAGAAAGGGCAUAGGUUGUUGCUGUUCAGAUAGUUUUGUAUCUCUCUGAAGGUGUAGUGGCAUGUUUUCAGUCUUUGCAGGUUGAGGCAUUGAUUUUUCUGUUAAGGUACUGAAUCUGCUAGGCUCCCUUUUUGAAUGGGUCCUCUCUACAAGCUUCUCAAAGAGUGAUUGUUGUAUCUUGUCACCCUAGUUCCCCCCUCCAUCUCUCCAUCCCGAAUCUGUCCAAGCAAUACCAAGUCCAACAGACGUGCCUAUCAUAACGCCAACUGGUUGCAAAACCGUGUCGAAAGCAUUGGUGCAGAGCUUUGGCUGUGGUGGCAUUAGCCCUCAUGCCCAUUUUGGUGGAAAGCUUGACACUCUGCACCUGCCUUUGUCUGCUCAAUGUGGCAUGAUUACUGGGUAGAUGAUGCUCUCACUGCUUGCAGUUGAAGCAGCGGUGACCCCUUUGAUCAGAGUCAAAAUGAUUAAUCAUGUUAAUCUUCAUCUAGGUCUUACACUUUUUUGGGGACCUGUGAGAAAUGGUGUACAUGAGCUCUACAUUUAAGUCUGUCUCUCUCUUAGCCGAAUUUAUUAGAGGGUUUUAAAAUCCUUUUGGUGAUCAUUUUGUCCUUUUUAUGUCAAAUCUCUGUGCUUGUGUGUUAUUUAGUGCUCAAGGGUGGGUUAAAAAGCUGUGAUUUGGCAGCAACUAACAUUGUGAUCACACACUCCUGACUAUUGUUUAUUUAAUUCAUAGUACAUUUAUACAUGUAUAUUGAUAUAUAUGAUAGAGAACGUGAAAUAUCCAUCUUUUUCAACAUUGUCUCAUAGCUGUGAAACCUGAAAUUAAGAUUUCAUAAAUAAACAAGUAUGAACUCUGCCAAAUUUGCAACCUGAAAACAUUGCAAAGUUUUCUGUAUGUAACUUGGUGGUGGAUUUUAAUACGCAAAAAAGUAGCAAAUCAUUUCAGCAAAUUGUGCAUGUUAUUUUUGUACAAUAUCACUUUGAAAAGAGAGAUGGCAGAACGUUGAGCUUUAUUUGUAUUGAGGUACCGGAGAUUGUGGAUAACGUGGUGACUCUCGGCUGCCCUAUUUUGAAGAUGGAACAAGACCCAGUUAAAUACGUCAAACCCCAAGUUUUUAUGGGCUUUGUUCAUUAUUCAGUUGUAGGGUGACAGUUUGCCAAUAAUUGUCACUUCACUAGGUCUUCUCACCUUUACAAUUGUGUUUUUUCCCCCUCUCUUGUAUAUACCCUUACAUGUAACGCCUUCAAAUAGACUUGCAGUCCAACCAAAUGCUUGGGACUGUCGAGAAUGGAAUUUUUCUUUUCUUUCUCAGCUUUCUAUGUAACUAAUUGAACUAAGGAAGCUAAAGCUGUCCCCUGACUUUCCCCCUUGCCAAGUUUUAUUUUUGUGGAUGCAAGACAAUCGCAGACCAAAUCUUAUUGCUGGUUUGUUGACUGAACACUUUGUUUUGGUUUAAUGAAGGAUGUACACUUUUGCCCCCCAAACACCAUAAGCCCUAGGUGCUAGACUUUGUCCAUUUCACUAAAUGCUUUCCUGUGACAUGUUUGAUGUGCACCGAUCUGUUUGUCAUAACGUCUUGUAACAUGGCUUAUUUUUGAGAAUGUUUUCCAGUUUAAAUGAUUUGAAUAGGCUUAAGUAAUUAUUUUGGCAAGUCUCUCGAUGUAAUUGACAUAAACUGCAGGAUGCCUUUUGAAUGUCUUGAAUUGUCUGAUGGAGAUGUUUCAAUGCUGUUUUUGAAACAAAUGAUGUGUAUUUUUUAGAAUUAUUUUUUUCUCUGAGGAGCUUUUUUUUUUCCUUGCACGUGGUAAAACAACCUGACAGCAAGAGAUCCCCUGGACCUGGGGCAUGUGGGAGAAACCAUUCUGUUUCCACAGCCCGCUCAUAUUUACUCUCAUUGCUGUGUAUCGUUUGGUUUGUUCGAACGUCACAUUGGUCGGCGGAAUGGAUCACCAACGACCAUCUUCACGGUCCUUUGCAAAUAUUGAAGCACACACCGCCCUCAAAUCUCAUAUUUGAAAGAUUUAUGCUAAUGCUUGCAUUAUUUGAAACUUCAGACAUCAUGUAAUGCUUUGAAGAGAGCACAUGUAAUAUCCUUGGUUUUUGGUUUAUGGUCUGAUAAACGACUAAAUCAGUGUUGGUGGGCGGAAGGCAAAGCCCACUUGAUCUACUUAGGACACUGAGGCCAUCAUAUUACUUUUUGUUUCCCCACACCCAGCCUCUUGUCAGCUGUCUGUAAAUUCUUUGGAGCUAUCCUUUUUCUGUCAGCUUAACACUAUCAGCUGCUCUGUGCUCAUUGUUUUUUUUUUUUUUCUUCUCCUGUGUUUGCCUUAUGUUUUGUUCUUUAUUCAGACAUUACACUUUUUACAUCUGAGAUGUUAUUUUGCGUUCAUAUUUUCUAAUUGUAUUUUCAGAAAAAAAACAAACAAAAACAAAACAUGAAUCUUUUCCUCCUGACCUGGGUACAGUGAUUGUGUAGUCUAUUGUACCUUUUGGGAAACAAUACUGUAUAUCUCUGCCUUUGACAGUCUUAACUAUCUUACCCUCUGGAGAACUUGACAGAUACCCUUAGAACACAAUGAGUAUGUUAAAAAAAAUAUACAUAAAGUAAUAUUUUGCAAAAUGUAUCAUUCCAAUAAAGUUUUACUUGUUAAGACUAA